UGUGGGUACUGGGAUUCGAGCCUGGGUUCUCUGCAAGAGCAGAAUGCAUUCAGAUGAGUCUUACCCAGAUUUACUGACAAGAUCUAACAACUUGCCUUUCAAUUAGUAUAAAAAUAGCUUUGGGGGCCAGAAAGAUGGCUUAGUGGUUAAGAGCACAGGCUGCUCUUGCACAGCCAUCUCCUUUGCACACAGUGGAGGACCAGGGACCUUGGAUGAAUGAGAUACUCUAGAACUAGGGAUGAAAAGAUCAGAUGGUCUGUUAAGAUAAGGAUGGAGCCAGGCAUGUAGUUUCCAUUGAAGCUUUUGGAUAGUGGCCAUAAACAGGUUAGCACAAUUCACAGAACACACUCUGAGAAACACUGGUGUAGAGAGACGCAAACUGAAAACAACCGUAUAAACAAAUAGCAUGUGCUUUUUAAAAGUGCCAGUGUUGCUGGACAUGGCGGUGUACACCUUUAAUCCCAGCAGAAGCAGGUGGAUCUCUUGGCCAGCAUGGUCUACGUGGUGCAUUCCAGACCAGCUGGGGCUAGAGAGAGAACCUCCCUCAAAAAGAUACCCCCCCAAAGUGCCAGUGUUAAUACAGAUACCAUACUCAAAUUUCAUUAUUUACGUCGGUAUUGUCUUUUAGUAGUAAUGCUUUCUCCAUAAUCCAGAAUUUACUCAAGGCUAUGUCUCUUUUGUUUUUUUAAAUCUGGAAUCCCCAACAUUACACAAACCAGGCUGGUGGCACACACCUGCAGUUCUAGAAGCAACUGUGGACGUAGAUGAGGAAGAUCGGAAGCCCGAGGUUGGUGGCUGGAGAUAUGGUUCAGUGGCUAAGAGCACUGGUUGCUCUUGCUGAAGAUCCAGGUUCAAUUCCCAGCACCCCUAUGGCAGCUACCAGCAGUAACUCUGGUACCAGGGGAUCUGAUGCCCUCUUCUGGCCUCCAUGGGCAUUGCACAUACCUGGUGUACUUACAUACAUGCAACUGAAGCUGGAGAAACCAUUUUGAAUAAAAUUAUGGGUGGAACUUGGAGACACAAUUACAGAAACAUAUUUCCAGAGACAGUUCCAUCAGCACAGUUCCAGGAGACAGAUGGUUCCAAGAGAUCUCUAGGGGAACCAGUGGCCUCCGAGUUCUGGCAUGCUCUUAUAAAUUAAAUGUGAGUCAGGCUUUUCUGUUCAGGAAAUUGAAAUAUUGGUGUAGUAACACCACAGACAUCUUAAAACUUAAUCACCAAGUAAACCUAAUCAAGAGUUUGCUUCGUGAGGCCACAGACCACUUUGUGGUUAGUUUUAUUUUCAUUUUUCUUUGUUGGUUUUUUGAGUCCCACACUCUCCUCAACUAUGUUUUGUCUCAAACUUGAAGUAAGCUUUCUCAGCCUCUCAAGUGACAGAUUACAGCAUACCACCAUGCCUAGUUUCUGGAGUGCUAGGUAAGCACUCUACCAACUGAGCUAGAGCCCUAGCCCAAAAGGUUUUUUCAAAUCAAAGUACAUUUGUUACUUUUUUAUCACUCAGUGUCAAGAAGUGUGGUGGGAGCACAUGGCCAUGAGCUUGCAUUUGCUAACUCUAGUCACCCUCUUCCUUAGACCCCACCCCUCCCCCAGUUUAUCGAGGAAGACCUGAAUCUCAAGUCCACCAAAUCUGGAUGUGCUGAGGCUGCAGGAGCCCAGACCCCAGUGUGUAGGGCUAUGAAACUAGGGCAGCUGGUCGAGGCCAUCGAGCCUGGCAUACUUCUAGAGGAGUUGAGGCCCAGGUGGUCACAUGUUCCAAGUCCCCAGACUCCUCCUUUGUAAAGAAAGGAACCAAGACUGAGGCAGGACAGUCCUUCUCUUUCUGUAAAACACCAUAAACAAGAUUGUUAAAAAUGAUACUGGGCUAAGCCUUCAGUCCAGUGUUCUUGUGACCUGUGUGUAAGGAUUUCAUCCAUCCCGAUUUUAUCUCUAGAGACAUUCACUUCUGCAGCUACAAGCCUGUCCAAUGGACUUAAAAAUGUUAUCUCCUCUUCAAGGAUAGAAUGUUUUGGAUAAGAAAGAGGAGUAUAGCAUCCCAUAUUUUUCUAAUGUCUAAACCUCGGUUACACAUAGCGAGCCCUGAGACACUUGGGCGAACCUGGGCACUUACUCUCUUCAAGUGCUUCUGAUUCUCCUGCUUCAGAAACUCGCUGACUUGGCUUCACUGACUCAUCCUGACCCUGCUUUCUUUCAGCACACAGGUGCGCCUGAGGCCCACCACGUGUACAGGAAGCUCCACGAUGCCAUGUAGAAUUGCAUGUCCAGAUGUCCAAGAUGAGACUUUGCAGAGCUGUCAGAGAAAGUACAAAUACACCAGGGCGGGGCAUGUUGCUCUGUUUCUUUUUUGUAUGGUAGAGCUUCCCCAGCUCAUUGGCUGUAGCCUAGGCCCAGCCACAAAACUGGGAGGGCAGGGUGAUCCGGUUCAAACCAGUACUGUGAACUCAGCAUGGAUGGCAGAGGGGCAGGCUGGCUUCAUGGCCUGGAACCUGGUACGACUGCUGCUGCUGCUGCUCUGGUCCAUGCCCACUACAGGUGCUCUGGAAGUGGAGAUGGCAGAGGGGACACAGCUGGUAUCCCGGAAUGACAACGUCAUCAUACCCUGCAAAGUCCCUGGUUCCCCACACCUGGACACCGAGACUAUGGGAAUCGUCUGGUUUCAGAAGAAUGAAUCUGAGGUCACAGUGUUUGAGCUUUAUGGAAAUCACCUAAAGGCGUUACGACCUGGAGCCAUGGUGUCAAGGUUGGGACUGGAGAGGGGCGACGCCUCACUCCAGCUGCCUGGGGUCCAGCUGUGGGAGGCAGGAGAAUACCGGUGCAAGUUGGUGGUCACCCCUGAAAAGGCAGAAGGGAAGACCAGGCUAGAGGUUAUGGCUCGCCCAGCCAUCAGAUUGUGUGUGGAAAAAAACACAGCAAGAAAUAAAGGAGAAAAACAUAUUCUAUGCAAGGUGGAUGGAUUCUACCCAGAAGCCAUUAGCAUAAAGUGGGAGAAGCGCACCCCCAAGGAUCCCCAUUUCCAAGAGAUCACUGAGGGUGUUGACACUGGCCCCACCUCGAAGAAAGAAGAUGGUUCAUUCAAUGUUACCAGCAGGCUGAAACUGAAGUCCUCCCUGGAAGACAGUGGGACGGUCUACCAGUGUGUGGUGGAGCACACACCAGAGCACCUCCCAGAGGUUCAAUGUCACACUGUCUGAGGAAGAAUCAGCAAAGAAAACCUUUUUGUGCUUGAUUCUCUGCUUCUUUCUCCUGAUUUUAUUAACGGCAGCUUUCUUUCUUUGGAAAAGAUUGAAAGGAUUUCUUGUCCAGACCCCUCCCUUGGGGUUCAUGGUUCCUCAGUUCUAGUCUGGUGACUUGGAGCAAAUACCUGAUUAAGAUGACAAUCUUCAGCCUGGUUGGGAGUGUCCCUGUCAAGUGCUCUUGACUACGGAGACUGCAAUGAGGACAGCAGAAAAGGGCUGGGCCCACUGUAUGGGUUAAAGGACUGGUGAGUGUGAACAAAGGAAGGAUGAAGUACUCGUCAUGUCUCACAUGACAAGGAUAUGGAGUCUCUCACCCAGUGAUGGAUCUUGGAACCUGUACCCCCAUCUUGAAUAUCUCAAGCGACAGAGAAACAAAUAGCAAUUACUGCACUCAGUGUCUUAAGCUGACAUACGGUGGUAAUGUGGACAGAGGAUCCUUUACUCAGCCUACCACCCAACUGUUACAGAAUCUACACACUGGAUCUAUUGGCUAUACCUUUCACUCUGGCCUUUGAUUCCUCCUGUAACUAAGAGGUCAAUACCUGGGUCUUUUGACUCACAUAUCUACAUUAAUUCUAUAGGAGAAUUCAGGGGAGUUACAACAAUAAAUAAGAA